CGAACGUCACUUCCGGCAACAAUAGGAAACGUCAAAAGUCGGGCAGUCCGCAGCUCUGGCUGCUACGGCUUGAAGUGAGCUGAGUCCAGAGAAAUCCUGUGCUGCUUCCGAUAUCCUCACUGCUGUCACCACAAUCGGCGUGAACAAGUGAAGUUUGAACCGGCUUCUCCAUGGCCCGGGCACCGGUUCCCGGCUGAGCCAUUUUCUUUGUGACUAAAAAAAGCCCCCGCCCAGAGACCGAUUCGUCGCGGCGGCGGUGGGGAUCGCAGGUCGUUCAGGCUUGCAGAUGGGUCAGGGGCUGUGGAGAGUGGCCAGAAACCAGCAGCUACAGCACGAAGGUUACAGUGAGCAAGGCUACCUCAGCAGAGAGCAGAGCAGGAGGAUGGCUGCCAGCAGCAUUUCUAACACCAGUCAUCGGAAACAGGUCCAAGGAGGCAUCGAUAUAUAUCACCUCUUGAAGGCACGGAAAUCUAAAGAACAGGAAGGAUUCAUUAAUUUGGAAAUGUUGCCCCCUGAGCUAAGCUUUACCAUCUUGUCCUACCUGAAUGCGACUGACCUCUGCUUAGCUUCAUGUGUUUGGCAGGACCUUGCAAAUGAUGAACUUCUCUGGCAAGGGUUGUGUAAAUCCACAUGGGGUCACUGUUCCAUAUAUAAUAAGAACCCACCUCUAGGAUUUUCUUUCAGAAAAUUGUAUAUGCAGUUGGAUGAAGGCAGCCUCACCUUUAAUGCCAACCCAGAGGAGGGAGUGAACUACUUUAUGUCCAAGGGUAUCCUAGAUGAUUCACCAAAGGAAAUAGCAAAGUUUAUCUUCUGUACAAGAACACUAAAUUGGAAAAAACUGAGAAUCUAUCUUGAUGAAAGGAGAGAUGUCUUGGAUGACCUUGUAACAUUGCAUAAUUUUAGAAAUCAAUUCUUGCCCAAUGCACUGAGAGAAUUUUUUCGUCAUAUCCAUGCCCCCGAAGAGCGUGGGGAGUAUCUUGAAACUCUCAUAACAAAGUUCUCACAUAGAUUCUGUGCUUGCAACCCCGAUUUAAUGCGAGAACUUGGCCUUAGUCCUGAUGCUGUCUAUGUACUGUGCUACUCUUUGAUUCUACUUUCCAUUGACCUCACUAGCCCUCACGUGAAGAAUAAGAUGUCAAAAAGAGAAUUUAUUCGAAAUACCCGUCGUGCUGCUCAAAACAUUAGUGAAGAUUUUGUAGGGCAUCUUUAUGACAACAUCUACCUUAUUGGCCACGUGGCUGCAUAAAAGCACAAUUGCUAGGACUUCCACUAUUAACUUCAAACUAAAGUUACCCAAGGACUUAUUUAGCAGUUAUGGGGGUUACAUUAGUGCUGGUCAUCCUGGCCUCUGUAUACAAUCAAGCUUGAGUAUACACCUUUUUUUUUUUUUCCUUUUACUCUUUUCUUUUUUAGUAAUUUCCUUGGGGAGCUAAAGGAUUUUGCAGAAUUUUUCUUAAUUUUGCUUAUCAUGUUUUGCACAAAGCAGAGCCAUUGUCUGACACAGCUGUUUAAGAAUGUUAAACUGACAUUAUACUCUAAGGGAUGGUAUAUUUGUGCAUUAGAUUUGCUUGAAAAACUAUUUGUUUUCAUUCUUUUUAAAAAUACCAUGUAAUGUGUACAUAUUUAAUGAAAGAGAUUUAUAAUCAUAAUUAUUUUAUUGUAAAGAUUUUAACUAAAGCCUUUCCUUUUCUCUCAAA